UGUUUGGACGCAGCGCGCGGAGGGAGGCUGACCCUGGUGCUAGUGGGAGGGCCGUCGGGGUGAGGCAGCGAGAGGAGACGCUGGCUGGCGAGGAGCGCUGUAAAUCGGUGUCUUUGACCAAAAAAAACACUUGUUAGCCUUCAGCAUUGGCGUGUCAACGCAUUUGGCGAAAUUCUCCAUGUUUUCUCGGCGCCUGGGAUUUCCCACGAGUUCCAAGCUGUGUCCGUCGUGCGAUUUUACUCCUCGCCACCUCUUCCACCUUUUGUAAUUUUAUUGUUUUUUUUGAAGACUCGCGUUAUGUCUUGAUAAUUUCAUGGGGCUUUUAAGAAUUAUCAUGCCGCCUAAAUUGCAGCUGCUUGUGGUUGUGGCAUUUGUGGUCGCCGUGCUUUUCUUGGAGAGGCAGAUUCAGAAGCUGGAGGAGUCUCGGGGAAAGCUGGAGAGGGCAAUUGCAAGGCAUGAAGUCAGAGAGAUUGAACAGCGCCACACAAUGGAUAACCCGAAGCAAGACCUAGGAGGAGAUGAGAUGGAUGACAUCAUCAUCCUUUAUAACCGUGUACCUAAAACAGCCAGCACUUCGUUCACAAACAUUGCAUAUGACCUGUGUGCAGUGAACAAGUACCAUGUCCUGCAUAUCAAUACAACCAAAAAUAAUCCUGUGAUGUCUUUACAAGAUCAAGCAAGAUUUGUUAAAAAUGUUACAACAUGGAAAGAAAUGAAGCCAGGAUUUUAUCAUGGACACGUAGCGUAUCUGGAUUUUACAAAGUAUGGAGUGAAAAAGAAGCCCAUAUAUGUAAAUGUAAUUCGAGACCCAAUUGAAAGAUUAGUGUCCUACUACUAUUUUCUACGCUUUGGUGAUGACUACAGGCCAGGACUAAAGAGAAGAAAACAAGGAGAUAAAAAGACAUUUGAUGAAUGUGUUGCAGCUGGUGGGUCAGAUUGUGCUCCAGAAAAACUUUGGCUUCAGAUUCCUUUCUUUUGUGGCCACAGCUCAGAAUGUUGGAAUGUUGGAAGCAAAUGGGCUUUGGAGCAAGCCAAAUACAACCUUGUUAAUGAGUAUCUCCUCGUCGGAGUAACUGAGGAAUUAGAAGACUUUAUAAUGCUCCUGGAGGCAGUCUUGCCACGCUUCUUUAGAGGAGCAACAGAAUUGUACCGCACAGGAAAGAAAUCUCAUCUUAGAAAAACAGCAGAGAAGAAAAUGCCUACUAAAGAAACCAUAGCUAAACUACAGCUGUCUGAGAUCUGGAAAAUGGAAAAUGAGUUCUAUGAGUUUGCUCUGGAACAAUUUCAGUUUAUUAGAGCUCACGCAGUGAGAGAAAAAGAUGGCGAACUUUACCUCCUUACCCAGAACUUUUUGUUUGAAAAAAUCUAUCCGAAAAUAAAUUGAACAGUUUUUACUCUAAUAACCUGGAAAAACUGCAUUGAGAAACAAUUUUUGCUGACUCAGUUGUAAUUUUGAAAAACUGCCCUUUGAUUUCCCCCCUCCAUAAGUCCAGAAAAGGAAACUGCAGUUUGUAUCAAAUCUGCUAAGAGACUCUUAAAUCUGUAAAGGUUUAAUGCCAAGAAUUACAUGAAUCAAUGGGAAAAUGAGCAAGUAAAAUCAUUUACACAAACAGUAUCCCAAAUGUGUAGAUGGCAUUCUGUCAUGAUUACUAAUCAAAUUGUGGUAUGUUUUAGGGAUUCCUGUGUCUUGUAAACUUUUACCUGUAGAACUAUUUUUACUAGGAUGCUUUAUAAAGUGUUUCAAAAGUAAUGUAAUUUCAGAGUAAGAUAAACAAUAGUGCUGUACAUAUUGCACAUUUUUCUGUGGUUGGACCAAAAGUUACAAAAGGUUUUGAAGUAUUUAUUUUGCACCAGUUUUAUUACAGGUGGUGGAAUUGAAAACAUCACAUUCAACAUGCUGUACAUCCUUUUUGUUAGAUACUUGUGUAAAUUUGAAUUUGUAGAUUAAACUAUUCCUCAGUUAUUUGUAUCAAGAAAAAAUAAUAUUGCAAAAACCAAGUACAAAUGUGCUAUGGAAAAUUGGCAGUUACUGGGAAGGCAUUGUAGGUGUUUUUGUUUAGCACCUUUGGUUGCAUGCACCUGCAGUUAAAAACUAAAUGUGCUUCCCCAGUGGAGAAUGUUUAAGAGCCUGGUUUGAUUGAAAUUACCUACAGUAUUGUUAGGUUUUUAUUGCUGUUUCCAACUCCAAUUGAAAAAGUUAUGUAGACUAGUGUAUUACAUUUCUAAAUACAUUUUAAUUGCACUUUUUAUCAGAAAUAAUGAUUUGUCCUAUAAACUUGCUAUGUUUUCAGAGGGGGGGGCAUUGUGCUGCUGAAUUUCACAAAAACAAGAUUCCUUAUAUUUAGCCUUGUAACUGCAUGCUGCCAUUUGAGUGUGGCCACCCCAAUCCCUGUACACAGUGAUCUGUGAUAGAGAAACUCUCUUUUGUGCAGAUACCUUCACUAUAUUUUGUUUCUAUUGAAAACAUUCUAGCCUCUAAGAUUAGGAGACAUUUUUAAAAAAAAACUGUUACAGCAAAAACUAUUUAUUAGACUCACUUGGCUGUAUUUUGCAAUGGGUGGUAAGACGUCAGUGGACAGAGGGUGAGAUAUUUACUCACAAAGCUCUGCUGUGAUCCAUCUUGUUAUUCGUGGUUGGGGUCUCUAUAUUGGGGCAGCAUGGUAGUGUAGUGGUUAGCACAAUGCUUUACAGGCAGCCCAGGUUCAAUUACUGCUGUGGUCUGUAAGGAGUUUGUAUGUUCUCACUGUGACUGUGUGGGUUUCGUCUAGGUGCUCCAGUUUUCUCCCACAGUCCAAAGCUGUGCGGGUUGGUAGGUUAAUUGGUUAUUGUAAAUUGUCCCGUGGUUAGGCCAGCACUAAAGUGAUCAGGAAGGGCUGACUCCACUGUAUCUCUAUAAAUAUUUGCAGAAUGGGCUCUUGGUAAUGCUGUUUGACAGCAGUUUGCUAUGAUGAACCAGAAAACCAUGUAGAAUAGUGGCUACUCCAAUGCAACUUUGGGGAAAACUAGCAGUAAAUGACAAAUGUGCCAGAAUCUUCUAAAAGUAUCAUAUUGCUAACAUAACCAUGACUGAUCUUACAUCAAGCCUGAUAGUGGUGGGGGGAGGGAGGGAGGCAGAGCAUUGGAAACAGUAACCAUGACUAUGCUCCUCCCCACCCCUGCAAUAUUUCAGUGAACUUGAUAGUUCUGCUUCAGCUGGUAUAUUUUUGGCUAUGUACCUGUAAGCCAGCAGAACGAAGACAUAAAAAUAGGUUUAUUUCUGUAGCCUUAUUUCAAGCUAUCCAUCCCAUAAUUUGGAUGGGGCUUAUAAACAAGGUUGACUUUAAAGAUGUCAGAUUAGUGAUGGCUUCUACACCUCCUGCAAGACACCUGCUGUAAGAAUGUCCUGCCCUUUAAUGCAGGGAAAGCCUCUCAGAUCUUUACCUAAUCAGCACUAUAAAAUGUGAAUUAAGGAAAUGGCUUAUCUGAAGGGUGAACAUUCAAUGUCCUUUCAAAGUUAGUGUGGGAGCAGGAAAAUUGUAUUUUCUGUGUUACCAAGACUGAACUUGAUUUCUUUUCUAAAUGCUGAGAAGACUCUCCUGUUCAAUCAGAUGCUGAACCUCAAAAACAUCAUUAUAUUAUCUCUGUUAUGAUACUACUGAUCUUUCAGCAGCUGUAAUCCCUGCACACUUCCAGGAAUAUGGAACAGUGGGGGGUAUUCAGAAUUAACCACUACUAAAUAAGUCUCAAAUUUUACACACGCCUGGUCUGAGGUUCUCAAUAUUUGGUGUUAGAACUUUAAGCUUUUAGAUGUUUGCUGUAUAUUUAGAGGUGGAGUUAAACUUAUGUACCAGUGUCUGAUUGGUGUUAUUCCCAGCAUUGUGCCCAACUUGCAAAGAGCAUAGUGUUGGAACUGAAGGCAUGAAUAAACAAGGUAUGGAAUGUAAAUACUGGGAAAAUAUGGAUUGUGUUCUAUAUAACUGUUUAAAACACAAGCAGCAGAAUAGUGCCUUCCUCAUCACAAUCCAUGGUGUAAAAAGUGUACAUUUUUACUUCAUUUGAGUAUCAUAAACAAUACCAAUGUCUGGACAUUUUGUGUAGAAUUAUUUAGAGGUAAUCGUUAUGUUUUCUCCUUGGUAAGGCUUUUUGGUUGUAGCUUUUCAGUUUUUCUGAAGCAAAUGCUCUAAUAAAUAAACCCAUCUGAAAUAUUUGUGUU